UGUCUCUCUUCCUUAUUCAUUAUUGUUCUUGUUGUUAAUCUUCUUAUUAUUCUUUGUCAUAUCACAUCAUCUUUUUUUUCAACUCUUUUUGCACAAAUUUUUCCUGUUUCUUGUAUUACUUUUGAGAGCUCUUACGAUCAUCUUUCAUGCCGCCGAAAGCAAACAAUGCAGGUAACAGAUCCUUGCCAAAAUUUGGGGAAUGGGAUGUGAAUAAUCCCCAAUCAGCUGAAGGUUUUACAGUAAUUUUCAACACUGCUAGAGAUCAGAAGAAAAAUGAUAAGGGCAAUGUAGGCGGCACUACCGGCGUUAACCAGAGCCCUAACAAGAAUAACCAAACACAAAAACAAAAGCAGAACGAUCAACAACAUGAACCGAAGAAAAAAUGGUUAUGCUGCAUAUUUGGUGCAUGAAGUUGAUGCGUUGCUUCCACAGUAAUUUGUAGUAGAAGGUGGCUUUGAUGUUGAGAAAUAUACUUGUUCUUCUAAGAUUAGCAAUUGUACGAUCGAAGUGUUGUAAUGUAAUGAAGUUUUGCAAUCAAGUGUAACCCAUUAAUGUGCCUUCUAAAAAUUCCUUUCAGCUGUGUUUAUUUUUCUUGUUUUCUUGGGUUAUUGAAAAAUUAAUUUGUCAUAAUGGAUAAGAGAGUAAUGCUAGUACAAGAUUGUCACUCAUAUGUCAUGUGGAGAAGAACAUGCUUGUAUAGAACUAUUGUGUUGCAGCGA